GCGAGAGGAUGUUGCCGCGAGUGUGUCGAUAAAGAAACGUGAUUGCAGGAUUGUGUACGGCUGAGAAGCAUGCGACCGGUGCAAUUGUUGGUAACGAAAGGUUGCCUGGUGUUGUUGGCCGUGCUGUUGGCACCGUGUCUGUCGGUCACUUUCGAGGAUGGAACUUCCGGUGGACGCGAUACCUCCGAGGAGCCACGCGAGAAUCACGUGCCGGAAGAAUCGCGGGGAAAUUUCAACAAGACGCGGCAAGGAAAGGGACUUCUCGAUUGGAUAGGGCUAGGAACAGGACGAGACGCACAGGAUCCUUACGUGGCCAAGACGAAUCGAGCAUGUUUAAACGGCGAUCUGGCCGAGUGUUUCAAAUCUCAGGCUUUGGCUCACUUCUCCGAUUUCUUCGACCAGCCUCGCUACGAUAUGAACGAUCGCGUGAAGGUGGUCAGGAUGUCAAAUGACAUUGUGCAGGAAGUCAAUCGUCAACCGUAUGAAUACUCCAGCGAAGCGAGGUCUACCGACUCUGAGUGGGAUCAGUUGAUCAAGUUCGCUCUGAGAAAAAUUGAAAAGUUCGUGAAAACCGUGGCUAUCGAGUUGCACGUGCCUGCCGAAGAAACUGGAGAGAACGAAGUGUACGCGCCACGAUUCUUGGAUGAAAUCGCCGACGAGAUCGAUACUCUUGAGAACAAAAAGGAUACCCUUUUCUCUCGUAAUCAAUUCAAGAGACUUCUCAUCCCCAUGCUGCUAGUGUUGAAGCUGUUCAAACUCAAGCUACUCUUGUUCCUGCCUCUGAUCCUGGGCCUGGCCUCUUUCAAGAAGUUCCUAGGCUUCCUGGCGAUCGUGAUACCCGGUUUAAUCGGCUUCUUCAAACUGUACAAACCGUUCACACAGACUUACCACCCGCCCGUCUACACUCAAAGUGGCAUAGCUUACCACCCGUAUUACAAGGAAAACAGUUAUCCUUACGGGGAGCAUCCACACGGCCCCGAAUAUCCAGCCGGAUAUCACAGAGACACCUAUGGACAGGAUCUUGCUUAUCGAGGCUACCAGAGGGAUUACCAGUCAUAAGAGAAUUGAAUUUCGAAAAUUUUUGACCCACGCUCUCUUCUUCGUUUCUUCACCUGAUAGU